UCAGGCCAUCAGUUCGCGGUCCCACGUGAUGCCGUCCCGGAAGAAGUCGAGGUUGUUCUUGUCGCCGAUCCGCGAAACAAUUUUUGGACGGGCUUCAGGUUCGAUUCAACUUGCAGCGACCACCCUUCCUGUCGAGCUCAAUGGCUGCCAGUGAACCCUCCAGAUACCUGGCAAGGUCAUUGCCUCGGGCUUUUGCCCCAUCGGCCAUCCCCAAGGGCUUUUGCUUUCGCCGCAAUGUCUCCGAUCAAGCGUCCUCCAAGGCACCGGUCGAAAUCAACGACGUCGAGUCAGCUGGCUCCCUAACUAGCACUACUGUGCCGGAGGAUGUCGUGAAGACCUUUGAUCCCAUCGCUAAAUCCAAGGGCCGCAAGAAGCAGCUGCCGCGGAGUCGUUACCAAUUCCGUUCGCCGAAAUAUGAUCGUGGUCCCCUCCAUCCUCACCGACCUCCGCCUCCCUCUGAUCCCUCUUCCCGUCUCUUCGUUCCUGGCCCGUUCACCCUGCCCAGAGUCGAGCAGACCUACCAAUCCACCGUCGCCUCGGACAUCCUCGCCCUCUGCUAUGUACAUACUCCUCCCGGCUUCAAGCCGCCACCGAAAUCCCCCCGUCUUCGCUCGUGGGACGACAGCUCGCCUUACCACAAGAACCGACAACUGCGCGGACCCCGUGGCGGUGAUGUCCUGCGCCUCCUUCGCAAACCCAUCACUUUCAACAACGUCCCGGAGCUAGAGCGCAUCACCAUCCACAGUUACGUCAAGGGCGCGGCCCAGGAGAACUCGUCGUGGAUCCACGUCGCCGGUAUGGCCGUCCAGGCCAUCUCGAACGUGCGGGUUUCGACAUUCAAGUCCAAGACCAGCGUUGCUACCUGGGGUAUCGCUCCUGGCAGAGACACGGUUGCCGUCAAGGCCGAGCUGCGUGGCGAGAACAUGCUCCACUUCUUCUCCAAACUGGUGGACGUCGUGUUGCCCAAGAUCAAGGAUUGGGAGGGUGUCAAGGGCACCAGCGGUGACAGCAGUGGAAACAUCACCUUCGGUCUGGAUCCCGAGAGCGUGGCUCUUUUCCCGGAGAUUGAGGUUAACUAUGACAUGUACCCCCCUAAGCUGAUUCCUGGUGCUCACAUCACCAUCCACACAAGCGCCAAGACCGACAAGGAUGCCCGUCUUCUCCUCAGCGCCAUGGGCGUGCCGUUCUACGGAAAGUUGGUUGAUUAGAUGUUUGAAUUGGAGGAGGGCUCUGGAUGCCAUUGCCUAGUUGAUGCUGGAUCUGUAACAUGGAAGCUUUUGCGGCAUUUUGAAAUCUUGUAAAUUAUCUAUAUAUUGUUUUUAUCGACGUUUUCUUACUGCACGAGCUUUUCCUAAUCUGGUUCGUUAGAUAUAGAAUUCAUAAUGCAUGUUGAAUUGUUCCG